UUUGAUAAUGCUGUCAAGAUAUUUGAAUCGUUGGAGCUUCCGAGUGACACAGAUUUUUAUUGGGCUUGCAUUCAUGCAUUUAAAGAAGAAAGAUUUUGGCGUAAGUACUUUAUUGAUCGAGCUGAAAGAACCACAGAAGAUAAGUUGCGCUUUUUACAAGCUUUAACAGGAUAUACACGGGACAGCGAAUUUGUGGGAAAGCGGUUAGUCUCCGGGCAAAAUGGUGGAAGUCCUAAUCCAAGCAACUUUACUUUUGGUAGUCCAUCUGGUAGUAAUAAUUCAUGGGGUCAAAAUUCUGGUGGCCAAUGGGGUCCGAGUUUUCCACAAUGGGGUCCGAGUUUUCAACAAUGGGGCACACCUCAAAAUGCACCACAAUGGGGUUCUAAUUUUCAACAAUGGAGUACACCUCCAAAUGCUCCGCAUUGGGGUACACCUCCAAAUGCUCCGCAUUGGGGUACACCUCCAAAUGCUUCGCAGUGGGGUACACCUCCAAAUGUUCCGCAGUGGGGUACACCUCCAACUGGACCGCAAUGGAGAACGGAACAAAAUGCGCCUCAAUGGACUUCACCACCAAGUACUCAACAAUGGGGUUCAUCACAAAAUGCUCCACAAUGUAUUCCUCCAACAAAUGUGCAACAUGGAUUCUCACUAGGUACAGAAGUAGAGACUACGAGAAAUGCUCAACAAGGAGUUCGGGUUGAAUUUUGAGUGUUUAGA